UAUUAGGGUAGACCUAACUGAAAAAUGUAAAAUAAAAAAUUGAUAAUUUAAAUUCAAUCACGUGAUCGAUCGAUGUUGUAAGGUAUUGAAGUUUAGAAGCAAUGAGUGGUGGAACGUAGCCUCCCGCUGGCGAAAUAUUGACUGUUUAACAUUCACCUGUUGAUGGAGUUGGUGGCUUUACUACGUCGCACAUUCAAUUGAAAGAAAAUCCAAAGGCAUGGCUUUAAAUUUCUCAUUUACAAAGUCUGAUAUCCGGAAAUGGUCCACCAAGGCCAAGUCUAUUCUUAUAAAUAUUUUUGGUCGUAAUAGAAUAGUCAAUAUUUACCUUACUUCCUUUCUGUCUUUGUAUAUAAAUACCCCCACCCAACCCAACCCUCAUUUCUCAUUCUCAUCUCCAAUCUCAAAUUUCUCAAAUCUAAUCCCUUUCAAACCCCAAUUCAAUCCAUCUUCUCAAAUACAAAAUAUACACUAAGAGUAGGCAGAGAGACACCCUCCAUGGCUUCUUUACAAACCACAGCUAUACUCUCCUCUUCCUUUUCUUCUCUACCCAAAGUCAACGCCUCUCUCCAUGUCCCUCUUCCUCCACGAGUAGUCACUCAUUCGGUUCCAAAGCUACCAAAGAGAAAGCUGCAGAUUGAUGAAUUUAAUGGAUCAUUUGAGAAGAAUGCCGUCACCAAACGAAUUUAUGAAGAUUUGUGCAGCCCUAGCAACAAAUCUAAUAAGACCACUAUUCAACUCUACGCUAUUCUAGAGGAAGUUGCCGACAGAAUAGAAAUGCACAGAAACAUUGGCGAACAAAGAAACAACUGGAACACCCUUCUUCUAAACUCCAUUAAUAUCAUCACUCUCACUGCCACAGCCAUGGCUGGUGUUGCUGCAGCCACCAGCGGUGACACUGCACCUCUUUUUGCCAUGAAACUGUCUUCCACUCUCUUGUUUUCUGCUGCCACUGGGAUGUCACUUAUCAUGAACAAAAUUCAGCCUUCGCAACUGGCUGAGGAGCAACGCAAUGCCACAAGGUUGUUCAAACAGCUUCACACUCAAAUACAAACCACAAUCGCUAUUGGAAAUCCAACAGAAGAAGAUGUGAAGACUUCAAUGGAGAAGGUCUUAGCGCUUGACAAAGCUUACCCUCUUCCCUUGUUGGGAGCCAUGCUUGACAAGUUUCCCGCCAAAUAUGAACCUGCUGUUUGGUGGCCUUCAUCACAGUUCCAAAGAAGAAGUAAAAGAGAAGAAAGCAACAGGAACAGGAUUAAUGGAUGGAGUGAAGAUCUUGAAAUGGAGCUGAGGGAAGUGAUUGAAGUGGUAAAGAAGAAGGACUUAGAGGACUAUGAGAGGCUGGGGGAU